AUGGUUCUCACCGCUACAGAUCGCCUACAGCUCAAGGAAGCCCUGCAGAUCGCGGUAGUUCAGUGCUCUGAAAGAUGUCUCUACCAGUCGGCCAAAUGGGCUGCCGAGCUUCUCGACGCUCUUCCCGAAUCUAUGAUCGGUCCCAAUGAACCAAACAUAACCGGACAGUCGGGGGCGUAUGUUCAUCCUGCCUUCUCAGUCAACAUUGACCCGAACGAAGCCGUGCUCGAAGCGAGGGAGCUGAACAAGUAUCUCUUGGCCAAGUCUUUCUUCGACUGCAAGGAAUAUGACCGCUGUGCUGCCGUCUUCUUGCCAGACUCCCUGCUCUCUGGUCUCCUGUCCGCGAAGCCCGACGACAUCGCUACAUCGCCGCGUGGGAAAGGCAAAGCGCCGGCGGCGGCGCUGGCGCUGGCUUCCUCGAAUGACGCCCUGCCGGAGAUCAGCCAGAAGAGUCUGUUCCUAGCCCUAUACGCCAAGGUUAUCUCUGGAGAGAAACGCAAAGACGAAGAUUCGGAGAUGGUUAUGGGCCCUCAGGACCUUGGCUCCACCGUAAACAAGCAGCUGCUUGUAGUCGGCCGAUUCCUCGAGAGGUGGUUUGCUGAACGUACCACCGAGGAUGGAGAUGUCCCCGGGAGCCAGGGGUUUCUAGAGUAUCUUUAUGGGAUGGUCCUCGCGAAGGAGAAGACCGACAAUGCGGCCUUAGAUUUCUUGGUGAGAAGUGUUCAUCUGUUCCCGAUGAAUUGGGGCUGUUGGCUUGAGAUGACAAACCUCAUCACCCGCCUCGAGCUUCUCAACCAAAUAUCCCCACACCUUCCGCAGAACAUCGUGUCCUACAUCUUCCAUCUUCAUACGUCCUUGGAACUGUACCAGCAAGGCCCAAACCUCGCCCAUUCCUUGGAGGAACUACUCAACAUAUUCCCAACAUCCUCGUUCCUUCUCACCUGCAAGUCUCUAUUAGCAUACCACUCCAAGGACCUAAUGGGCGCAGAGCAGGACUUUAGUCAUUUGCUCUCCCUACACCCACACCGACUUGAUUCCUUAGACCAUUACUCUAACAUCCUGUACGUACUGAACAUGAGGCCGAAAUUGGCCUUCCUGGCGCACCUCUGCUCUAGCAUCGACAAGUUCCGACCAGAGUCAUGUGUCGUGAUUGGCAACUACUACUCUCUUCUGUCGCUUCACGAGAAGGCCGUGCAGUAUUUCCGACGAGCUCUCACCCUCGAUCGGUCCUGCCUCUCAGCUUGGACCUUGAUGGGGCACGAGUAUGUCGAGCUGAAGAACACCCACGCGGCGAUUGAAUCCUACCGCAGAGCAGUCGACGUCAACCGGCGCGACUACCGAGCUUGGUAUGGCCUGGGUCAGACCUACGAGGUGUUAGAAAUGCACACAUAUGCUCUCUGGUAUUACAAGAAGGCCGCCGGUCUCCGUCCGUGGGAUGGCAAGAUGUGGAUGGCCGUCGGGUCAUGCCUGGAGAAGAUGGGCCGCAACCGCGACGGGAUCAAGGCCUUGAAGAGGGCCCUGCUUGCAGACAGCUACUACGACUCGACCGCCAGCAGUUUCGGCAGCACCGGUGCUAUCGACCGCAUGGCACACAUGGACCCCGAGGUCCUACUACAGAUCGCAACCAUGUACGACCGGGAAGAGGAGGAGGAGGAAGCCAAGGCGUACAUGGAAUUAUGCGUCGCCCAGGAGGAUGGGGGCACAGGCUGCGACGGCGGCGGGGGCCUCGCAGACUCCAUCGCCAUCCAUCACGACUCGUCGCCGGGCGGCACGUCGGACGACGAGGGCGACAACGGGGGCGACAGGGGCGGCGGCGGGAACGAGGGGACGGGAGUGACGGUCGCGACGAGCAGGGCGCGAAUGUGGCUGGCGCAAUACGCAAUGCGCAACGAGGACUAUGCGACGGCCAAUCGCCUGGCGACCGAGCUCUGCCAGGACGGAGUCGAGGUCGAGGAAGCAAAGGCGCUUAUACACGAGGCCCGCUCCAGGAUGGAGGGUCUGCUGGAACGCUAG